CAACACAAAAACAUAAUAAAUCACCACAACUGGCAACAAUAUUACUGAGCAGUAAUCUUAUUCAGAGAAUGAUUAGUUCAUCUGUACCUUGAAACCAGUCGUUGAUCCGUGAUAUCUGUGAUCUAAUCCUUAAAGUAGGUCAGAAUAAGCUUGUAAUAGUAACUGUCUCAGCUCAGGCCUCCAUGACCUUCUGUUUCUAUCUUGAUCCAGUUAAAGAUGGAUGCUGAGAGUGGGGGCUCUGCUCUCUCUAGUCCGUCUGAUGCAACAAUGUCUGAUGGAGCCAGUCCACAGGGGAGAAAAAUACAAGACCUCAAAGAGGAGGUCAUGUACAGCGUUGAAUAUGGAAAUAUUAAGCCAUAUUUCACAACAGGCUCAGAACUUAAGAAAAAUAUGGACUUCAUACCCCUGAGUUCCCAGAAAGUGGCUGUCUCCCCUCAGCACUUCAUUGAAGAGGAGUCUGUACGAGGACCUUGCAAUAGCAGUACUGAUGUCAUGACAGAUAGCCCUGCCUCCAGCAGCAUAGAUUCCAGUCAGGCCAGCCCUGACUCUGUCAUGCAGAAGUCCCCGCAGUCUUCUGCUCCGCUUCUCCCUCCAUGUAGGGUCUGUGGGGAGAAAGCCUCGGGAUUUCAUUAUGGAGUCAACACCUGUGAGGCUUGCAAGGGAUUUUUCCGACGAAGUUUGAGAAGACAGACUGAAUACAAAUGUGUGAAGAGUGACAGGAAUUGUGUGAUAGCACCAGGAAAGAGGAAUGGAUGCCCGCUAUGUCGCUACAAUAAAUGUCUGGCUGUCGGAAUGUCCAAGGAAGCCAUCAAGACUGGAAGAUAUACUCAUGAAAAGAGGACCCAGGAUAUUCGAGAAAUCAAAAGGUUACAGAAUCAUGUGGAAGUAAAGGAGGAGGUCGUAGAACUUCCUGAGGAGAAGCUGCCAGUGCCCGUGGUAAAUGAAGAGUUUGAGAAUCUGUCGGAGCACAUCCACAAUGCUCAGAAGACAAUGUAUGGUCCUGCUUUAGCCUUUUGGAACAAUCAAAAAGCAAUUGUGAAAUUGACCACUGAUUAUGCAGAGGCUUUCAGAUUGAAAGCAGAGAUGUUUGGAAGUAUGAACAACUUGUCUAAAGAGGAAUACCAGCAGUUCUACAACCAGACGGGAAUAGAUGUGGACAACAGAAUGAUGUUAGUGUCCAAUUUCGCCAACACCAUGGAGAGAAACAUCACCAAGUUUGUCUCCUUCACCAAGAUGAUUCCAGGAUUUGCGACACUUCCUGUGGAGGAUCAAGCCAGUCUUGUCAAAUCUUCAAGAUUUGAGUUUUGGAUAUUUGGCUUUUGGAAGUUCAUCAAUGUAGAGAGUCGGGUACUAACAGGUCCAGCCAUGAGAUGCUAUCAUUCCACAGAACUGUGUAAUGUCUGGGAUAGAGAUUUUGUAUCAGCUCUAUUUAACUUUGCACAGACUUUGCACAAUCUACAAAUGACUGACAUGGAAAUCGCAUUAGUUCGAUGUAUCUGUUUAACAUAUACAGACCGAUGUGAUUUAAAAAGUCCAGAAAAGGUAGAAGAAAUCCAGUGGAAAAUGAUUAUGUGCCUUAAGUAUGUCGUGGAGAAAAAUCAUAUGAAUUCAGAACAUUAUUUAUCUCGAAUACUGGACAGGCUAGCAGCAGUCCGAAAUCUGACAGACUGGAGCAACAAGAUUGCACAGGAAGUUAAACUGGAUUGGCCAAUCCUCCAGAAACAUCCGUUACUUCUGGAGAUGAUGUCCAUGUGAUCAUACUAAACAGCGUCUCAUCAUCGUGGGAUAUUAAGGGACCCUGUAGUCUGUGAACUUGGACAAAUCAGAGUUUGAGCUACAUGCAUACUGUGUUCCUCUUUUCAUAUAUACAUUUUUCAUCGAUUCAAAAUAUAUUGAGUAUCUUCGUUUCCGUUUAAAAAUAUAUUUUGAACUUGGUCUGCAAGAUCUGGUCUAAAUAUGGUGUAGGGACAUAUCUAAAACAGUCCUUCACUUACAUCUACAUCCAUGCAACAGGUCAUUGCUACAUUUAAAUGUCCAUUAGGUGACCAAUCAUUUAUUGCUUAAAUUAGUUUAAAAUUACACAAACAUGAACAACAUAAAGUCUACAAAUCUGACAUCAUUUUUCCAUAUGUGUUCAGAUUUGAAUUUGUACAUCAUGAGAGCAGGGUAAUCAUGUGUUGGUCAGCAUCCAAUCAUACAUUUACAUUAUGUUUGGACAUAUCUCUGUUGCGUAGAUGUUAUGGGGGUUGAUAUCAAUUUUUCUAGUUUUCUUGUUUUAGUGCUUUCUAAAUGUGAGUGCAUUAAAAAAAAUGCUGAUAGCUUUAAUCAAAAUGUGCAUAGAAUACUUUAUUCCUAGCCACAGAUGUAUCUUUAUAUAUAUGUAUAUAUAUAUAUUUUUGUCCAGAUGAUAUAUACAUAUAUAUGUUGAUUUUUCUUUGUUUUGACUUCAGAGUAUUUAUAGUAUUGCAUGCGCAUGUGUCAUUCUGAUUUGAUGUGCAUGUGAAUCUAGACUGGUAAUCACCUCUGUUUAAAAUACAUUAUGUUUUGAAAUUACAUGUACAAGGUAUAAUGUUUUUGAAAGAUAAUUUAGUUUAAGAAAAUGUUGUUUUAAUAUAUAUUGUGAUGAUGAAGUGGUGAUGUGCUAUGGAAAUGGAAUGCUGGUCAUUUUUUUUUCCCUGUAGUACGACAAGGAUGGGUGCUAAACGUUGUGUAUAUUAGUGCUGAGAGUAGAAUAGGUGGUUAAUAAUUUGCUUUGCUGCUUAGAAUUAUUAUUUCCAGAUCAGUCACAUGUCAAGUAGCAUUUUGUAGUUUUGGUAUGUAAAUUACAUGUGCUGGUGAAGAAACUUUUAAAAGAUUCUGUAGUUUUAUGCCAUACUAGUAAUAGAUAAAAAACAAAAACACAUUUACAAUAUAUAGAGUGUAUAUAUACAACGUAUUUUCCAAGAGUAAGCAUAACAUAUGAACUAAUUCUGAUCUCGAGUCUAAAUAGUACAUUAUUAGUACCCCUCUGUGGUGAGGAUUAAUGUAAUUACAAAUUAAUUAAUGGUACAAGGUAAGCAAGCUGUGAUAAUGUUAGCAUUGAAUGAGAUGAGAAUUCAUUAUGUUACAUUUCAUUGUUACUAUAAUCACGUUCUCAUGUUGUGUACAUGUAUUGUAUAUUUUCUACGAAAACAAUAUACAUGUACUAUUUUAGAGUGAACACUUUACUGCAUAUAAAGUCAAAGAAGAAAAUGGAACCCAACUCUACAUAUGUUUCAGCUAGUUUUGCAGCUUGUCAUUUUUUCUCUCUUGAGAAGUGCACUACUGUGUGGAAAAAAAAGCCCACUGAAAUGACAUUCAUUUUUUUUUUUUUUUUGUCCCUGAAUUUCCGUGUUCCUGUAUCACAGACCUGUCUUGUUUUACUUAAACUAUUAAAAAGUCUAAAAAUGUA